CAGCUGGGCGGGGCCGGGGAGGGCAGGGCCGCGCGGAAGUCCUGACCUGCAUGUGGCGCCGGCCGGAGGUUGGGCGUUGCUGCCACCAGUGGGCGGGACAGCGGGGCAGCGAGGCGGGGGCACCCUCACCUGUCCGUGUGUGGGGAUCAGCCUGGGCUCCGUGGCCUCCGCUUGCACCGGACGUGGACCCAGGCUACCGGUGGGCAAGAUAGAGGACUGAGCCCAGGCACGCACGGCUGGCCAGGUGGGAUCCCCACCCCCGCUCAGCCUUCUUGCUGCAUGGAUGCUGAAGGACCAGGCUCACUUGAAGUUCUGAGAUUGAGCAGUAAGGUGGAAACAAAGAAACCAAUGGAAACAAAGAAACAAGUCAUUGUGGCCAAGCUCCCCACCACAGAGAAGCUGCCCUGAGUGGAAGGGAGGGUGUGGGCAUGCCCAUUUGUUUCGUGUCUCCCAGUGCUCUUCGCUUUCUUAUUGCAGACCUGCAUGGUUACAACAAAAUGAUCUGCAAAACUGAAAAUAUUUACUCUCUGGCUUUUACAGAAAAGGCUGACCAGCCUCUGGUUCCCGUACCGGUCAACUGAUUGGAGUACCUUUCCAGUUUGGAAACAUCUGGGCAGGCCCAGCUGGUAAGUUUACUUUUCUACUUUGACCAAGCAAACUGAAGCCAACAGAAGAGAACUUUCACCAGCAACUCCCAGCACAUCCGCUCGCCUUCUGAUGUCUGUGACUACACUCUCGCUGCUCCACCUCUUAUUACAGAUUGAACAGGAUCCAGGGGGAAGUACCAAGCCUGUCCCAUCGGCCAUCCUGUGUGUCAUGUCCUGUGACCCAGUAGAUGCUCAGCACCCUCCAGCUGAAGAAACAGAUUGCCUUAGGUACAUCAAAGGUGAGGACACCUACUAUCCCCAUGGAGCCCAGGUGGGGCUGGGAGUCUGCUGUUUGUACAGCCGGUGGGCUCGUGUUGCUUUGGGCAUCCCUGUGCCUGAAUUCCUGCAGUACACUCGGUGCCUGUUUCCUAAUCUGCAAAACUGGAAUGAUGUUAACCAUCCCGCAGUGCAUUCCAUGGUGCAUCCUCACCUAGAAUUGAGUGGAAGCAAGUCCAUCUCAGAAGGGACAUACCUGAAGAGGAAUGGCAUUCCAGACUCUGAAGGGCAGAGAAAGCACCAGCCUGGGUUAGAGAAAGAGAACAGCAUCUCUGAGCCCGUCCUGGGUGACCUCACAGAGAUCACCCUAGUGGCCCAGGCUAGUGACCGGGAACAUGUACCUUCCUGCAGCCAACCCCAGACGUCCACUGAUGCCUCAUAUACUGGCAAAGAUCCUGGCCUGGGGGGGCGAUGGCCGCCGGAGAUUCGCCAGAUGUUGGACUCCAGCUUAACCACCGGAAGUGGGCAGGAUGUGCUGAGGGGGCGGAGGCAGCCGCCAAGGCAGCGACGGAGGGGGCUGUCCCUGGCCAGCCGGUCAAUUUGUUCCCAUCUCAACAUUUGCUGUCCCAGUUUCACAGGACGCCCUUCUUCAGUUUAUCCUUCUCCUGGGAGGUGGGCUCAGUGCAUGCAGCCCAAGGUCUGGGCUCUCCCCUGGGGAGGGGCAGAACUCUCUUCUUCUUCUUUGUCUUUAUUCUUCAGCAAAGUGGUUACUGGCCCCAAUUCUUAAUUCUGAGAAAGUGUAGCCUGUGUUACGGAGGAGCUGCUGGACAGUGAGGUUUCUGGGUGGGUUUUCACAUCAGCUGAUGCCCCAGGCAGGCAGGAAAUCUAUUACUUAGAGCUUCUUAGUCUGGAGUUGGGGGAUGGCCCCGCCAUCCUCACCAUGCUUUUUAAAAAUGUGUUACUCCCCUCUUUUUCCUAGGUGACAUUUUAGGUUAUUGCGUCCCAGAUUGCUGGCACACUCAUCCCUGUUCUCAAACAUCUUUUAAACUUGGGUGAAGUGAUAAGUUGGGGAAGAAGAUGAUUUACUGAAAGUCUCCCGAGAAGAGAUUCAGACUGAACAGCUUUGUGUCGGACUUUGGAAGACCGCUGGUGCCCAAGGGGUUCUCUGGCAGCACAAUGACGAAUCUAGGUCCCUCUUUCACUGCUACGUCAAUGAAGUGGACCGCUUGGACAAGGCCAAAGCUGGUAUCCCAACCAUAGCCCUUGACAGUGAUGUUCGGCUCCAGGAAGCCAUCAGAUGCAGCAGGUGGCCAGAGGAGGAGCCGAACGGGCUCAUGAAAUGUGACACCCCCAGCUUCAUCAACACGGACAAGAACUCUUCCUUUGGGGAAGAUGAUCUCCUGAUUUUGGAACCACCUAUUGUUCUAGAAAAUAAGCCAGUUGCCCAGACCUCACACAAAGACUUGAAUUGGAAAUGUGCUUUGUCAAGUGUUUCUCUGAAGAUGUGAAGUCUGUCUUUGUAUGGCAGGAAGUCCCCUUUCACAAAAUUGUAUGUGUUUGUGUCUGAGAGAGAGAAAUGGAGACAGACAGAAAGACGGAGACAGAAGAGAGCCCCCUCAGAAGAGAGCUAGUUAAGCAUCCCAGACUGACGAAGACAGUGGAAAAUGCCUCUGAGUUUGGCACUGAUUGCCUGGAGAAUGCUGAAACCCAGGGAAGUGGGCAGCACAGACGUUUACUCAUUUAAUCCUGCCAACACAGUAGGAGAUAGAGUCUACAUAUUCCUCGCUACUUAAAAGAUCCCUGCCUUCUCUCUGCUCCUCCUGUCCAUGUCUCUCCCUCCACUUUUCCCCUUCUCCCCUCCUCCUCCCAUCUUCUCCGUCCCUCGAUUCCCCACCUUCUCUUGCAGAACCCAGAGAGGAUCGCUGGCCCUCCUGCGCAUGCGUAGUCUGUGCCAGCUGGACCGAGGGUUGGAAGCUGCAACUCCGAGCAGGGGAACGGCCCCAAAGGCUUCUCAGCUCUUUCGCCCGGUAGGACUUUGGCUCCUGCCCUGUCGCCCCGGCCACAGCUGUCCAGGUCCAGCAGCAGCUAGUCAGUUUCUGCAGAGGAGACCGCAGGGAUUGUGAUCGAGACCACGUUGAAUAUACGGAUCGUUCUGGGGAGCACUGCCAUUCCAAGAGCGCUGUCUUCUGAUCCAGCAAUGUGCUUGGUUUGUCUGUCCAGGUGCCCUCACCUCCAGUAGCAUCCAUCCAGACACCGGAACUGACACUGGCCGUGCUCAGAACUGCCUCAGCCCUGAAGACACAACUGACAAAUAGAAGGGGACCACGCCCUGUUACAGCAGGUGCUCUCACUUUCUGGAUCCUUAUGUAACUGAGCGGUGUCAAUCAGGAUUGCCCGUUUUACAUUGUGUGGCGCUGCUGCGGUGUCUCCUAGUUAUUUGUUUCUUUGGCCCGCCAUAUCUGCAGUUUCCACUUCAUGGAUCCAGAUGGCUGAUUGUAAAGGGACUCGAACAUCCUUGGAUUAUGGAAUCCAGGAUGGGGGGUUCCUGAAACCAACCCCUCGAGGAUACUAAGGGAUGACUCUACAUGUAGGAGUGAAAUUGCUGAGCCAUAUAACUCUAACCUUUUGAGGAAACAACAGACUUCUCCAAAGAAGCUGCAACAUUGUCCCUUUCCACUGGCCGCAUAUGAGAUACCCAGCUUUCCCUGCACCAUUUGUUGAAUAGACAAUUCUUUCCAUGGAGUGUUGUUGGCACCCUUGUGGAAAACUGACUGUAAAUAUAAGGAGACUGAGAAUUAAGUCUUUUCUCUUUGGGUGGAGCUCAUUAUCAAUGACGGGAAGUUGUAAGGAAAAAGAUAUUGAUUCAUCCUGAGAAAACAUUUCUCUGAGAGUCAGCAGUGAAGAAGGUGGACACUGAAGAAGAUCCAUCCCUUUUCUCUGCUCUUCCGGUCCAUCUGUCUCCCUCCACUUUUCCCCUCCUCUCCUCCCCCUCCCAUCUUCUCCCUCCCUCGCUGCCCCACCUUCUCUCGCAGAACCCAGAGUGGAUCGCUGGCCUUCCUGCACAUGGGCAGUCGGUGCCAGCUGGACCGCGGGUUGGAAGCUCCAGCUCCGAGCCGGGGAUCGGCCCCAAAGGCUUCUCAGCUCUGUCGACCGCUUUCCCUGCCCCGCGACCCCGGGGCUGCCCUGCUCUUCCUUUCCUGCUCCCUGAGGACAAGCUCAGCGGCGUGGGCGCUGCUCCCUGGGCUGAGAGCCUCCGGCUGUAAAGCGCAGCCUCAGGUGGAGUCGGGAAAGUGGAUCCUCAGUGCUGAGCGAGCUUCUGUCUCCUCCCUCAGUGUUUCUGCCCCAGGGCCUGCAACAUGAGCAUUCCUGACUACGUGCAGUGUGCUGAGGACUAUGAGGCUCUUCCCGUGGUGGUCAAACCAGUGGGGAUCAUCUCAGAGGAGAAUUUCUUUUGCAUCUAUAAGCGAAUCUCCUUGGUGAGCCAGAUCAGCCCGUGCAGCUCCCAGGGCGCACUCUGUACGCACUACAGGCACCACUAUGCGCCCAAGAAUGGAUGGAGCGUCUUCCAGACCCACCGCAUGGUUGUGGGCCUUGUCACCAUUACCGACUGCCUCUCGGCCAAGGCCUUCGAGAAGCUCCACGUGCAGAGGAGAUGUAUGGCAUCACGCUUAAUGACUCUCAGCUCUUUGUCUUUGUGCUGCAUGGGGAGGUAAGCCAAGCAGCCGCGCACCGACGUGGCCUUCAAUUUACGAGGACUGCAGGGUGGUGGAGAAGAGGAUCGAGGACUUCACUGAGUCACUCUUCAUCUUGCUCAAGUCCAAGUGGCUGGAUGGGGCCCCUGACAAGCCUGGGGACAAGAUCCCACUCCUCUGCAUGCCGUUUGAGAAGGAGGACUUCAUGGGACUAGACACAGACAGCAGGGCCCUGUGAUCUACAUGCCCGCGCUCCCAUCUGCUCCUUGGAGAUGAGGUGUCAGGUUUAGGAGCCUGGGCACUGCUGAGGGCACAGCUGCCAGCACCGGGCUACAGCGAGGCUGGCUCCGUUCACCUCACAUGUCACCGCCUGCUGAUCCCCCAGGCGUCAGUCAAGUACGUUUUGGUUACUGAGACCCUCGAAUUCCCAUAUGAAUUGUAGCAGCAGCUAGCCAGUUACUGCAAAGGAGCCCACUGGGAUUGUGAUCGAGACCACGUUGAAUAUGUGGAUCGCUCUGUGGAGCACUGACAUUCCAAGAGCGCUGUCAUCUGAUCCAGGAGUGUGCGUGGUGUGUCUGUCCAGUUCUACCCUCUCUCUUGGUGGGACUUUUCAUGGAAUCCAGGAAACAGCCCUAAGCCACCUGCCUCUUCACACGUCUCCGUGGCGGUUUUCUUCCCUGAGUAGAAGAGGGUUCUGCAUAGGUGCCCUCACCUCCAGUGGCAUCCAUCCAGACACCAGCACUGACACUGGCCGUGCUCAGAACUGCCUCAGCCCUGAAGAUACAACUGACAAAUAGAAGGGGGCCAUGCCCUGUUACAGCAGGUGCUCUCACUUUGUGGGUCCUUAUGUAACUGUGCGUUGUUAUUCAGGAUCGCCCAUUCUACAUUGUGUGACGCUGCUGCGGUGUCUCCUAGUUAUUUAUUUAUGUGAUGAGGACGUGGGCAUACACUUUUGACACCUUGUACCUGCCUAGAAGCGCGGGCACAGCUACGGCUGCGCCUUACAUCUUGCCGCCCAUCCCGCUCCCUGGUUCCGUGAUCACGGCCGAGUGGUUCCUUGAUGACCUGUCCGUCUCCUCUGUGACAACGUAACCCAACAAAAUACCGGAGCGUAUUAGCUUGGGUUUGUUUUUUUCCAUCAUUCCCUUCGAAUGAUGUUGACUGAUAAUGGACCCAGUUACUUUUGCAGAUGAUUUACACAUAGGGCUUUCAGUACAAACCUCGUAAUCCCCACUGUGUGAUCUAGAGAAGAAAGUGACAUUCUUUCCAAAUUGUUUUGAUGCACUUAUGUGGGAAAAUGAUGUACGUUUGAAUAUGUAUUUCCUCUCUGAAUCAUCAUGGCUAGAGAUGAAUAUUUGUAGACAUGGAAUGUGUUUACUGUAUUUGAACUGUAUGGUCCCCUAAAUUCUCCCCAGCUUUUUAAAGUCAUCACUGGAGUGCUACCUUCAGAGUGUCCCAAAGCAUCCACCACUGCCUGUUCUUCGGACACUGUGAGUUUCCAAGUUGGAGAAGGCUGCUGGCUGUUGAGGCAUUCUCUGGCACAUCUCUGGCUGGCUGAUGUGAGCUUAGCACACAAGACUUGGCAGACAGUAUCUUACCAUGGUCACGUCCAUUUCUGGAACACUCAUUUAGGAUUUUACACCUAUGCUAGGGGCAUAAGUUAUUUCAUUUAGUUUUCCCAACAAUCAUAAUUAGAUUUUAUCACCUGUAUUAAUAAGGAAACUGUGAAAGCGAGUGACGUGCAGACUUUGGACUGGAACACGGGUCUUUCUGAUCCCUGUCUCUGUUCCCUCCCCAGCCUAUCCUUCCAAAUGGCCAGGAGACUCUUCCUCAGUCUUGAGUUUCCCGCUGAUGUUACCACUCUCUUUGUUUCUGGAGAGGAAAACAAGUCUAAACUUACUUUCCAGUUGGAAAUGGAAUGGAGAGUUAACGUUGGAAGCCGGGAGAGUCUGUCCUGUGAUGAAGCGGUCUCCGAGUCACUUCCAUUGGGACGUCACGUCACUGUCUGGGCCCCUUGCACAGCCUGUGCACAGGUGACAGCACAGAUGUGCCGAGCAGUCCUCCCGGACAGGGCAGCGGGUUGGAAAUGAGUUUGGGUAUUUGGUUUCAUUACAUAGGUUCCUGAGGGCCUUGGCCUGGCACUUCGAUUGGGACCACUCCCUGUCCCACAGACUCAUGCUCUGGGCCCGUGCAGACCUAACGUGGCCUCAGCCUGAGACUCAGUGCCCGUGGUGAUGAGGAGCAUUUUAGUCCAGGGUCUGCCGGAGGCUCUGACACUUCUGGGCAGUGGGAAUUUGUCCAGGAUGAUAAUAAAUCCUCCCCGAGAUUCAGAUUUCCUUGCCUGUGAGCCGGGGUAGUAAUAUUUUCUGAAAUGAUUGUAAUGAUUCAGUAACGGGCACAGCGUGUGCUGGCAGGUAGCUGGUGUUUAAGGAGCAGAAGUCGCAGUCACUCUGUCAGCCUCUCACUGUGUGCUCUGUGCUUUGAGAGGUUGUGUGUUUGGUGAAAGUCCCGCCCAAACCCUAGGGUGUAGAUGAACUGUUGUUCCUUUACUUUCCCGUCCUUUUUCUCUUUCCCUUCUCUGUGUCCCAUGUUUAGGUAGCAGAUUCCUCUGUUUCAGGUAAUACGGGCCUUUCUAGUAAAAGGAGAGGAGGAACGCGGAAAGGUGGGGCCCAGAGGGGGUCUGGAGCGUCUGCACAACGCUGUAUCCCUGCAUUUCUGCAUCCGGUCCCAUCAGUGCACGAAGUCAGCCUUCCUCUUCCUUCCUGUGUCAUUGGGUCUCUGUUUCAAGGGAAAAUUUUUUACGGGUUUUUUUUCACUUACAUGUUUCGUUCAGAUGCUUGUUGCUUUUCUCCCUGUGCUUCAGCAUUCCUAGGAGAGAAUUCAGCAGUGCAGCAUCCUCUCCGAGCUCUAUGAUUUGAUCGGCUUCCACCGCAAGUCCGCCUUCUGCAAGCGGGUGGCCCCCGUGCAGCGCGCGGCCCCCGGCAUCACGGAGCCUGGCGGGAAGGCCUGCUACCGACUCCUUCUGCAGAUGCUUCCUGGCUACAGUCUGUCGCUGGAUCUGCAGGACUUCAGCAAAGGUGUUGGAACUAAAACAUUGCUUCAGUCCCAUUAACCAUGCCUGGUUUGGGCCCUGCUGUCCUGUCUCAUCAGGGUGAAUCCUGAUUCGUUUAGAACAGGGCUCAGCAGACUUUUUCUGUCAAGGGCUUGGGAGUAAGUAUUUCAGUGUCUGCAAACCUCCUGAUCUCUGGUGCAGCUGCUCAGCUCUGCUGUUCAGAUGCCAGAGCAGCCGGACAUUCCACACACACACAGAGUUUUAUUAACAGCGUUGGCUGGGGCUGGAUUUGGUGUAUGAACUGCAGUUUGUCCCCACAGCUCCUCACUAUUGACGCCUGCACCAGAGCGUGCAUUUGCGACAAUGGGUGAACCUGCACUGACACGUCAUCAUCACCCAGAGCCCAGACUUGACACUAGGAUUUACACUUGGUGGUGUGCACUCUGUGGGUUUGGACAGAUGUGCAAUGACAUGUAUCCGCCGUCACAGCAUCAUACAGAGUAGUCUGUCUUAGUGACCUUAAAAUGCUCCGUGCUGCACCUCAUUCAUUGCUCCUUCCCCUCUAGCCUCUGACAGCCACUGAUCUUUUAGUCUCUUUGGUGUUCCCUUUCCCAGAACACCAUACAGUUGGAAUCAGAAAGUUGCAGAACCUUCCCAGAUUGGCUUCUUUCACUUAGUAAUAUGCAUUUAAGGUUCCUCCAUGUCUUUUCCAUGCCUUGAUAACUCAUUUCAUUUUAGCACCAAAUAAUAGUCCAUUUUCAGGCUGGACCACAGUUUAUCCAUUCACCUACUGAAGAACAGCUUAUUUGUUUCUGAGUUCUGGUGAUUAUGAAUAAAGCUGCUAUUAACAUCUGUAUGCAGAUUUCUUUGUGGACAUAAGUUUCCAUUUCGUCGAGUAAACACCAAGGAGCACAGUUGCCGGAUCAUAUGUUAGGAGUACGUUUAGUUUUGUAAAAAAUUGCCAGACCGUCUUCCAAAAUAUCUGGGCCAUUUUACAUUCCCACCAGCAAUGCAUGAGAAUUCCUGACGCUCCACAUCCUCACCAGCAUUCGGUGCUGUCAGUGUUCUGCGUUUUGGCAGUUCUGACAGGUGUGCAGUGAUACCUCGCUGUUUCAGUCUGCAUCCCCUUGAUGACAGAUGCUGUGGAGCAUCUUUCCAUAGACUUCUUUGGCAUCUAGAUUUCUUCUUUGAUGAGGUGUGUGUUCAGGCAUUUUGCUCAUUUUUUAAUCAGGUUGUUCAUCAUUCUUGUUGAGUUUAAAGAGAUUUUGGUAUAUUCUGGAUAUCAGCCCUUUAUCAAUGUGUCCCUGCCCUUCACCUGCAGCACCGGAGUUGUCCUUUGGGUCUCAGUGGAGUGUCAGCUCUUCAAAGAGGUUUCCUGUCUUCCCUCAGCCUAAAUACUGUCCUUGUAUUUUUCACUUUCAUUGACUCAUUUUGUUGUUUUUAAAUAGCAUUUCCCAUAAUUUGUAAGUACAUUAAAAAAAGGGCAAUGAUUGAACACCACCUCCCCCACCAGGCUGUGUGCGCUGUGAGAGCAGAGGCCCUGUCCCCACUCACCGUUUCCCAUGACAGCACAUGGCACAUGUCCAUGUAAAAGUGUGUAACGUAGGGCCAAACCUGAUGAGCAGCUAUGAUGACAUGUGUUGGCUACCAUUUAUUGAGUAGACUUUGUUUCUGAUAUUAAUUAUUAAAUCACAUGAAUGAAACUUGUUUGUUUUGAAAAAUAAACAACAAAGCACACCUCCAUUUGAUUGGUACUUUCCACUUAGCCUUCUGACCCAGGAGGGGAUGUUCACCAUCAUUUUGUGGAGGAGGUUGGGGAGGUAAAGUAAGAGAGUGAGAUCAAAUAAAGUAAAAAUGAUAACUAUCAGUUGGCUUUAUUUUCACUAAGACAUAAAAGUUACUUUAAACCCUA